AUGGCAGGAGGUAGGUACUAUGUGUGCAAAACCUGUGGUCCUGCAAGCUGGAUUUAUGCCUCUAAAGUGCAGAAGUUUGCAAAGUGCAGUUGGUGUGGCAAGCCUUGGCCCGCUGAUGUACCGCAGGCACCUUGGAGAGAACCUAGCAGGCCGCGACCUCGAACUCGGCAGCCGAAGCCAGCUAAGCUAGCAAGCUGCCUUCAGAAGGUGUGGUCCACCUUGCCUGCAGAUGUGCGUUUGCAGUUUGAGCAGGCUGGCUUUAAAGUGCCGGCCCCGAAGCAGGAAGAUGUUGACCUACUCAGCCUUUUGCAGCGCAACCGUGAGGAUCUCCCCCAGGAAGUCCUGGAUGCUCUGCCAGCAGCACCGGUCCCUAACCCAGUGCAGGAAGGCAAGGCUGCAGGUGUUGAGUGGCGCAACUCCGUCGGUAAGUUGCGCGACCUUGGCCAGCGCAAGCUGAAGCUGCAGGAAGACAUUGACCUGGCCAAGGCAAACCUUAGGGCCAUGCUGACGAAGAUGCAAGAUUUGCAGACCUCCAUCCAGGAGGCACAGACUGAGGUCAAUAAAGCCACUCAGGAGUAUGAAACCAAGGUUCUCACGCAGUGCAAUGAAGAGGCCAACCAUGGAGUCGAGUCUGUGUUGCAGGCCCUGGGGAUUCAGGAAGAGGCCCUUACGGAGGCCCAAAAGCGCAGUCUCGAAGCUCUCAAGAAGGAAAACGCAGACGAGGCCAAGCGCCGCAAGACCCAGCAGCAGGAGCAAUUCCCGCCGGGAUUGGCUCCUCAGUUGCGCUCGGCGGCCCAUGUCACUGAGGCCAACAAGGAAGCCGAAGAUGCCAAAGGGCCGACCAGCCAGCCAGUCAAGGAGCGCAGCCGUGAGGUUUUGCGUGACUUGGAAAUUUCGGAGCCUAGCGCAAGCCCUGACGCGUCACCUGUGCCCUAUUUCAAGUGCUGGUACUGUGGCCUCCCGUUCGUGCCAACAGCCGUGGGAGCUCGGGCCAGCAUUUGUCGUGCUGACGUGAGCCUGGUCGGAGCCUCACCUCAGGGUUCGAGGCUCCUGCCGACUCUGUUUGACCAGCCAGAGCAGCUAGCUGAGGGGUUUGCUUAUCCCAAGGUUGUGGGACGACCCGUGUGCCCCCCCUCUAGCUGCCCACUGACUGGACCCAAGUUUUUCCACUCUGCCAUUUUCUCUGAGCCAGCUGACUGCAAGCCACAUGAACCAUGGGACCGCAAGAAACCUUUGUUGUGUCGUGGACCGAUCAUGCCCUUUUUGGAACGACACGGUUCCCACUAUGAUUCUGCAAUCCAGUCAACAGGGUCGGCCGAAUUGUCCGUUAACCCUUCAAAUUCCACAAUUCCGCCGAUCCACUCAACAGGGUCGGCCGAAUUGUCCGUUAAAUACUCAAAAUCCACAAUUCCGCCGAGCCCAUUUGAGGUGUUCCAGGGUGAGCCAGGGUCUAGUCCACCCAGCUGGGGCUGCAUGCUAAACUUGAGUGCAUAUAAAGCUUUGCAUCCUGCCUGGAACCAGGAGCCUGACCUUUUGCACCUCGGCGAAGGGCUUGAGGAGCAAUGCCAGGAGGGCACCUUGGAACACUGGGUCCUUUUUAAGUCUUUGGAGGCCACCGAGAUUCAGGAUCACAGCCUUGAGACCUGGGCCCGCAUCGCUCGUGCUUCUGAGGACUUAGUUCACUCCUUUUCCUCGGGUCAGCCUCGUACUUUCAAGUUUGUCUCGGCAAAUGUGACUUCCUGGAGACCUGAACUUAGGCAGUGGCUGGUCUUUCACCAGUUUGAUGUGGCCUUGAUUCAGGAGCACCACCUUUCGGAGAGGGCCUUUCAUGCUGAAACGGUGGCCCUCGCCAAGGCAGGCUACCAUGUCCAUGGCCAGCAUUCCCCUGUUCGCAAGCGGGAGAUUGGGGGUGUGAUGGUGUGUGUUAAGUCGCAUUUGCAGGCCAGACACGUUCACACUUUUCAGGAUCCUGAAACGGGCUGUGGUUUCGUAGCUAUCGCUAUUCGGGUGACGGGUUUCGACCUAGCCCUCUUGUCGCUGUAUCUUGAAUCAGGCAGCACUUUUGAAGGCCGGGCCAAUACCUUAGUCCUGUCCAAUAUGUAUGCAGUGAUUGCCUCGCUCAAGUGCCCGUGGUGCGUGGUUGGAGACUGGAACCUAGAUGCUUGUGAGGUCCUCGCCACCAGGCUCGAGGACCUCACAAAGGGUCGGUUACUUGGCACUGGGAUGCCUACUGCAGGCACCGCAGCCGAGCUGGACUAUGCACUGGUCCACCCCCGGUUGGCCUCGCAUCUUUCGCUUGAGCUUGCCUGGGAUGUUCCCUUUAAGCCCCAUGCGGCGCUUAAGUGCACCCUUCCUCUUAAGUCUUUGCAGGACCUCCAGCCAAAUUUGCGCUCCAUCACUGACUCCUUUGACCCUAUUCUUGACGACCAGCGCAAUUUGCAACCCCCGGUUGUGUCACCGCAGAGGGUCACCCUCCUGGAAAUCGAGGCUUGUGACCCCGCCUCCCUCGCCUUUGCGGAGUUUUCUGCCACCGCUGAGGCCUCAGGUUUACUCGGUAGGACCAUGGGCAGGGGGGUAAACUUGCCGACGAUUCGUCAGCCGGCCGUGUCGCAACCCCCCAAUGACUACCAGUGGUUUGGUCACGAGCACGCUGUCUGGUCCCAGCUCGCAGGCCGGUUCAAGGCUGGGGGGCCGCCCAAUGAAACCCUUUCCCUGCUCUCCAAGCUCGGCCCUGAGCAUCAUCAAUGGGCAGACGAAGCCCGGGACACUGUUUCAAAUCAUCGUGACCUCGCUGCCCUGAGGUCCCAUGCUGAGGCGCAGGCCAAGCUUGCUAAGACCGCUCAGCAGGGAGCGCAGGCGGAGUCAUAUCAACAAUGGCUGUUUGGAGCCCUGUCGGCUGGCAUGGGGCCGGUGUAUCGUGCUCUUAAAAGCCACGAACAGACUCUCGCCCGGCCCUUUCGGGACCAGUCGGCCCUUGCCCGGGCUUACUGUCGCAUGGAGUUCUGGAGCCGCAUCUGGGAUGCGUCAAUUGUGCCGCCGCAGCCUCACCUGUCUGCAGAGCGCCUCGCCUUAAGGGCUGAGGCCCUGCAGCAGGCGCAGGAUCUGUCACCGCUAUCUUGGGAGCAGGUCAAGACAGCGUGCCUGGCCACGGGCAACAAGAAGGGAGGCCUUGAUGGUUGGUCGUACAAGGCUCUGCGUAACCUCCCUGACUUCUGCUACCGACAGCUUGCGGGGCUCUUUCGUCUUGCUGAGACGGACCUUACUUUGCCGCUUCAAAUGCUUACGGUGCAGGUCGCCCUUCUUGCAAAAACCCCAGAAAAAGAGCGCCCCAUAUCUCUCACAUCGGUCCUUUGGCGAGUGUACAGCAAGCUGCGACGCCCGCUCCUGGAGAGCUGGUUAAAGGAGUACGCGGCCUUUGCCCCUUUCGACUCCGCCACCCCAGGACACACUUCCCUUGACCCAGCACUUUCUCGCUUGAUCAAGGCAGAAGAUCAUAAAUUUCGCAAAGUUACUUUCAUAACUUUGUUCGUUGAUCUUGAAGGUUUCUAUGAUGGGGUAGAUUUUUCUCGACUGAUAUCACAGGGCAAAGCUUUGUCAUUUCCACCUUUGCUUUUGGAACUUAGUCUUCAGCUUUACAAUGGGCCUCGUUGUCUCCAUGGCGAGGGGGUCAGCACUGUUGCUUUGUGGCCCCAGAGGGGCAUCCUUCAGGGGUGCCCGUACGCACCCACGGUUGCAAAACUCACCACUCAUGCUCCGCUGCAGGGCAUCUCCCAGCACCGUGGGGUCAGCCAUGCUGAUUUAUGGCUUGAUGACAUCAGUGUCGAUGUGUCUCAUGCUGACCCGGAGGUUGCGGCCUCUUUGGCCCUGUCGGCCUCCAGGAAAUUGGAGGCCCUGCUUUCCGUUGAGAAGCUUUGCAUUAACAAAACCAAAACCAAGUUUGUUGUCAAUAGUGCCAAGGCGGCCAAAGCACUCAACAGUAUGCGUGUUGAAGGCGAUCCUCAGGUUGCUGACUUGGUCCGGGACCUUGGACUGGACUCGGCAGGUGCCAAGCGCAGAAGGGUUACGCAAGCUUUGAAACGCUUCAAGGUCGGCCGCGCCCGAAACCAGAAACUUCACCAACUUGGCACAGGCUGCAAAGCCCACAGGUUGUAUGCCACUUCCAUUCUUACGGCCGAGAUCUAUGGUUGCCAGGGACAGGGCUUGUCCCCCAAAAGGCUCAAGGUCGUUCGCGCAUCCAUCUCCAGGCAUGUUGGGCGGUCCAAGUGGGGCUCUGUCGACGUGUCUCUGGACUGUAUGUCCUUUCGUUGCCAAGACCCAUUGUUGACAGUUGUCCUUGCGCAGGCUGAUGCUUUGUAUAAAAUGUUCGGCCCCUCCACGGCACAAGGCUGGGAAAUCCUAGCCCGCACCUGGAAGGUGGCCUGGACUCGCCAAGAGGCGGCCGUGCAUGGAUGGAAGUGUGUUGCAGGCCCGGUUGCUGCUAUGGUGCAGUAUUGUAUUGAUUUGCGCAUCAAUGUCAGUGAUCCUCUGCGCUGGGUUCAUAGCAGCGGGGUUCUUCUGCUUGAUGUCACCAACCCUGGCCUUUUCCUGUCAGUUCGCCGCUUUCUCACUCAGGUUGUUGCCCUUGAAAGGGCUUCCCGCUUUGGUGCAGUCCUCACGGCCCAAGGUGCCCAGCAAGGAGUUGACUGGUCAGUCCACCGAAAGCUCUUGAAGGUUUCCAAGCUUUCAUCCCCGCGAUGGGCCUUUCACGCCGUGUGGCAAGGACGCACCUUGCACGCUGGGAACGGGGGGUUUUCGCAUUGCGCAUGCGGGGCUGAGAAUACCCUGCACCAUGUCUACUAUGAGUGCCCGCUUGCGCCUGCUAAGUUAAGCCCGGCUCUCCGUAGUUUUCAGCGCAAACACCCAGACCCCUGCUUCUGGCUACGAGGAAUGGUCCCAAAGGCUUGGACGACCCCGCAGGUCUCGGCCUCAGCUUUGGAAACCAGGGUGACAGGGCUGUUUUGCCAUCAGCCGGUUGAUGUCACUGGGCUCCUCAUAGGUACUGAUGCUAGCGGAGGUCCCAAUACCCACGACCCUCGCCUUAGGGCUGUAGGGUGGUCGGUCGUGCUUUGCGAACUCCGCGCUGAUUGCCUUAUUGAGCACGGGACCAUCUCAGGCCUUCUUCCGCCGGGCAGCACGGUGCCUCAGGGGGAGUCCCUCGCAAUCAUUGAAGCCCUCAAGGCCACCACUGGCAGCUUUGACCUCACAGGUGAUUGCAAGCCGGCUCUCAAAGCCCUGGCUGCCAGAGCUCUCAACAAAAAACAUAUCCCUGAAUGGGGUCCAGUUUGGCAGGAGCGAGCAAGGGCUCAACCGCACUGGGUUAGGAGCCACUGCACGGCUGAGGCCUUUGAGGCUGAAUUCCCUGGUCAGCUUUGGCGCCGCGAGCUCAAUGCCAAAGCAGACACUCUCGCAGGGAGCCGAGCUGCUGCUGCAUGCACCCCGCAUUUUGUACGCAAAGUAAAGGAACUCGACCUGGUAACCCGGGAACUCAACUGUUUUCUCGCCUCCAGGGCUGAGAAGCUGAUCAAGGAAAAAGCCCAGGGUUUUGUUCCCCGCUCCGCUAGAGAUUCCUUAAGCCAGUUUGACAAGCCUCGGUCGCAAGCUGCAGCUGUGUCUGCAAGCACUAAAGUUCCGCCGCCUAACAAAAAACAGCGCCUGAAGCAGUUGCUGGACUCCCCUGAUCCAGCACUUGGUCAUGAUUGGAAAGCCCGCGAGACUAAGGCCGCCAACAACUUCUCGGUUGGUGGAGCCUCCACCCGAUCUAUUGCCAGUGCUUUUCAAUCUGCCAGCACCUUCGGUGCCGGCCCUAUGCCAGAGCGUGUUUCUGCAGUUCCUAAGCUUGGCCUUUUGAGCGCUGCCCAGGUCAACCCUCCAGCUGGGCCCGUCGCCUCCUCUGCAGCGGCUACCCCAAGGUUGCCGGAGUGCCAAGGCGAGGUCACUCAGUCCACAGGAGUGCAAGGAGCAGUUGGUCAGUCCGUUUCUGUAGGUUUGCGAUCUCAGUUAGGCAUGCCAGCAGCUGUUCCGCCAGCCCAAGGCCAGCUAAGCAUGGCGCCCAAGCAAGAAGGGCGGCACAUAUCCACGCAACUCCGCCGUGAGGAGCGGGGAUUAUCAUGGAAAUCAGCGGCGACGAUAGACCGACAGCGGGGCCGUAAGAAAGCCCGCAAGCAGAAGAAGCGCCGCGAACAAUAUGAGCACGCUGGCAGGAGAACUGAGGAGGCUUGGCCGCCCCCACCACCUCCACCAGGACCUCGUGCGGAGGCGAGACAUCGUGAAGAUGAAGAGCUGCCGUACGACUUGGAGGAGCCCUCGCCUUCAGGGCUGAGGGCUCCCUCCACUGCGGCUGCUUCCAGCAGCCAGGGCCCAGCACGGGAGGAGCCCUCGCCUUUAGGGCUGAGGGCUCCACCCCCUACCGCUGCUGCAUCCAGCAGCCAAGGCUUACCUUUGCAACGACUUCCAGAAGCUGAAGAGCCACCGGUGGACCAGGACGACUCCAGCAACUGUCUUCAAUCUGACAGCAGUGAGACACCACAGCCUGCAGUCGCGCUGAAAGAUCGCCCAAGUGACUUUGGCCCUCUUCUUCAUGAGGAUGGCCUAAUCACUUUCUUAUGUGCAGCUGCGCCCCAGGUGAAGCAUCCGGUGAACCACUACCAGUGCCUUCCGGAAAGCCUUGAAGUUUACCAUGACUUUGUCACUGGUGGGCGAACAAAAGCUGCUCGAGCGAGACGGCUGGGUUUCGGAAAGUCCCGGACAGUUUACGUUGACCCUGGCUCCUCGGAACACGUUCUGAAGUUGGCGCCGCCACAAGGCCACGGGCCAGAACCGGAAGCUUGGAGACGGCUCCCUCAUAUAGUGCCGUGCACUUUGGAUGCGGGUAUUCACCUGCUCACGCUUUCUUGGAAGAGCUGCUAUGAUAUCAUCCCCACGCAUGUUUUGAGGCAGUCUAGGCUCACCCCACUUUCGGUGUGGAGGCCAGCUCCGCCAGACCUUGAUAUGGUCCGCUACAUGAUGGCACUGACUGCGGAGGCCUCCCGUUUCUACAAUCUCAAAGAUCUUGGCUUUUUCAACUUUGGUGUUGAUGCCCGUGGCUUCAUUAUGAUGUGGGACACCGCAGACUGGCUUCCAUGGGAGGGUCAAAGGGCACACUGGCCGAACAGACAGCGUGCCUCGGCUUUCUGGAGCGCGGUCAAGAGGAGUGUUCCAGACCACUUUCAGGAGCUACUCCAGCUUGUCAGCAACGCCUCGCCUGAGGAGGUGCUGCAACGGCUACGACCACUCCUUACGCAGCACUACAAGUGGUACCUGCUACAGCAGGGAGUUUUCCUUGGUGACUAG